AUGGAUCGUAAGCCAUCUUCCGCUAUGAAAAGAAAUACUGUUUCAAGUGAGAGACAAAAGUUGGCCCCGUGGCCAUCAUACGAUGUUUCUGAGGCACCAACGACCACCAGGGGGAUAUUCAUCAAGUUUGGGUUAAUGAGCACAAUAAGAGGUAUACCAAGGAUACUCCGAGCAAGGAACAAAUAUCUCACCAUCCUUUGGGCCACGACGGUGUUGGCGUUUCUGGUACUAUCCUUUUUCCAAGUGUAUCAAAUCGUGGAUGGGUACCUGAGUUAUACUGUUAAGCAGGAGCGUCAUAUAAAACUCUCGCGGAGUGCAACAUUUCCCGAUAUCACUGUAUGCAGCCUUCAACCGUUCAGGAGUAAGAAAUCAGUGAUGAAAGACAAAGUUGAUAAUGCAGCUAUGCUAAUUAAUGAUUACUUCUUUAAUGUGGCGCAUCGUGUUUUAAACCAAUCGCUCUCGGACUAUAUGGAGUCGGAGUUUCAGUACCAAACUGGUGCCGUCCACUGGACGCGGGACAAUGAACAUUACUAUGAUGAUGAAGAUAGCGAGCCAAACGCAGAGUUACGAAGGAGGAGGCGUUCACCGAAACACAUGCCCAGGGGUGAAUCAAACCACUUAGUUGAUGAUGAAACAAUGCGAAAUAUGCUGAUGACAACUGCUGGACUUUACCAAAAUAUCCCACUUUAUCAACGACGGAAGCUUGGUCAUCAAAAAACAAUGAUAGACCAGUGCACUUAUACUGUACAAACUGUCAAGGAAAAGCGCUUACAAACUGUAAACUGUACAAUUGAGGCGUUUUACUAUCCACAAUUUUUCAGUUGCUAUACAAUAUCUUUGGGAGAUCACAAGGGGAUAGUUGUAGAGCUGGUAGUUAAUCUGUUUCUUGAUGAUGACGUGUCCUUACAGUACCCAAAACACUACACACGAGAUGAGGAUUCGCAAAAACAUGGUGUGAGGGUUGUCAUACACGAACCUUAUAGUUACCCAGAUGUCCAGCGUGAUGGCCAUGAUGUUCCACCUGGGGUGUCAGCAAAUUUCGUUAUCAAGACGACGAAACUCAAACAUCUGGCGCCGCCAUACGGCAGUUGUGCUCACAACGUUGAGCCCAUCAAAGACAUGGACGGCAAGCGCUUCGAAUAUCGGAAGACCACGUGUGAGCAACAGGCAAUACAGCGGAAAAUAAACACGUAUUGUCACUGUAUUGACCCAGGUAAGAUCACGGAUCCUGUCACCUCCGUGUCACUUCCGUAUUGCAUGGAUAUUGGCUUCAGCAAAAGUGUCAUCUCUCACAGGCUCGCGUGCAUGUACGACUUCAACAUGAACCCCCCUGGGAGUUACCAGUGCUCAACCCGCUGCACAUAUUACAUAUACAGUACGACAAUCGACAUGGCAAAAUGGCCACACGAGUCAUUCCAUUUGCAGCUGUACGAAACUGCGCAGAAAAAUCGGAACGUCAGUUUUCCACAUUUAGAUGAAGCUAUCAAGAAAUUAAAACAUGCUGAUUCAAAUGUCAAUGAAACCCAACUUGAGAUGUCGAAGUCUAUGGUGACGGACUGGUUGUUGAAGAGACACGUUUUUCAGCGGAAUUUUGUUUCUCUGACCGUUAGCAGGCCUUCGUUUGAGAUUGAUUACGUUGUAGAUGUACCUGAGAUCGACGUGCCGACACUGGUGAGUAGGAUUGGUGGAAUCAUGAGUUUCUGGUUGGGAAUUACAUUCAUCACUAUAAUUGAAUUCGUGGAAGUUGUUUAUGAUGCUGUUUCCCUCAUGUUAAAGAAUCGCAAAGAGAGGCUGAGACGGAAGAACCCGGGAGUGGAAAAUAGAAUCUGA